CUGAAACCCAUGAUGUGACCUGACACGAUAUGAAGGACCUGAUUCACAGAAUCCAAGGACAGAACUUUCUUACUGCCUUUCUCUCGCCCAUCACUGUCAGCCCUUCUUGCUUCUGCUUCACCUGUCACGUUUUGGCGGUUCCAGCACACUCUCUACAGAGAAGCAAAAUUCCAGUGGCUGACCUUCCCCAUUGAGAUGGACCCCCUGGCAUUUCUUCCCCUGGUCGUCGGCAUUAGACUGAUGCUUCUAUCGGACUUACUGAAAGCCAUUGAUCUGGUAACGAAAGCCACAGAAGAGGAUAAAGCCAAGAAUUACGAGGAGGCGCUCCGGCUCUACCAGCAUGCUGUGGAAUAUUUUCUACAUGCUAUCAAAUCCACACAGUGGCUCCUCCACAGCUACAAAGCCCCUGCAAGAAAAGAAAAGGCACAUGGAAGUUCUUUUUGCAGAUGAGGCACACAGUGACAAGGCCAAGGAGAGCAUUCGAGCCAAAUGCAUGCAAUACCUAGAUCGGGCAGAGAAGCUGAAGGAUUAUUUACGGAACAAAGAGAAACAUGGCAAGAAGCCAGUCAAAGAGAAUCAGAGUGAGAGCAAGGGCAGUGAUAGUGACAGUGAAGGGGAUAAUCCAGAGAAAAAGAAGUUGCAAGAACAACUGAUGGGUGCCGUCGUGAUGGAGAAGCCCAACAUUCGGUGGAGUGAUGUAGCUGGACUAGAGGGGGCCAAGGAAGCCCUUAAAGAAGCUGUCAUUUUGCCAAUUAGAUUUCCACACCUCUUCACAGGCAAGCGUACACCUUGGCGAGGGAUACUGCUCUUUGGACCUCCUGGCACAGGAAAAUCCUACCUGGCCAAAGCAGUGGCAACAGAGGCCAACAACUCUACCUUCUUCUCAGUGUCCUCCUCAGACCUGAUGUCUAAGUGGUUGGGGGAGAGUGAGAAGCUAGUCAAGAACCUGUUUGAGCUGGCCCGGCAGCACAAGCCCUCCAUCAUCUUCAUCGAUGAGGUGGAUUCCCUGUGUGGAUCCCGCAAUGAAAAUGAGAGUGAGGCUGCCCGGAGGAUCAAAACUGAGUUCUUGGUCCAGAUGCAAGGGGUGGGGAAUAACAAUGAUGGGACUCUAGUUCUUGGUGCCACAAACAUCCCAUGGGUGUUGGACUCGGCCAUUAGAAGGAGGUUCGAAAAGCGGAUUUAUAUCCCACUGCCAGAGGAAGCUGCCCGAUCCCAGAUGUUCCGAUUGCAUCUGGGUAGUACUCCCCACAGCCUCACAGAUGCCAACAUCCACGAGCUGGCCCGGAAAACGGAAGGGUACUCGGGUGCAGACAUCAGCAUCAUAGUGCGAGAUUCCCUCAUGCAACCAGUCAGAAAAGUACAGUCGGCUACACACUUCAAAAAGGUCUGUGGCCCUUCCCGUACCAAUCCUAGCAUCAUGAUUGAUGACCUCCUGACCCCAUGCUCACCGGGGGACCCAGGAGCCAUAGAGAUGACGUGGAUGGAUGUCCCUAGUGACAAGCUUUUAGAACCUGUGGUUUGCAUGUCAGACAUGCUCCGGUCCUUGGCCACCACUCGGCCCACAGUGAAUGCAGAUGACCUCCUGAAAGUGAAGAAAUUCUCAGAGGACUUUGGACAGGAGAGUUAAAACCUUCUUCAUGUGGUGACAGUGAAAGUGGGAGGUUGGCUGGUGUAAAUCCAUGGCACGUCCCAUCUUGGUGGCUAGACUUCAGGGCUCUUCCUAAAGUCACUACAGCGUCCCCUCUGCUGUUUGGCUGCCAACCAAGGAAUGGAAAGGAAGGACCUCCCUGAUCACAGAGACACACAAGCACAUUUAGCACCCGGUGGAGUACUGGCUCUUCUUACUUCCUCCUCCUCUUCUUCUGGAUGCUCAUCAACACCUUACCUGGUUCUUCUCCUUUUUUUUUCCCCUAAAUUAAUGCUGCUUGGAUUUUCAUCUUGUUUAUAAAUAAAGUUAAUAUCACCGAGAAGCAUUAAGGAAUGGGAGCAGCCAGUGUCAGUGCUGUGACAUUGGUGUAGCCAGCCUUCAGACCAGACAACCCAUUCCUUCUAGACCUAAGUGUUGCUCCCUGUGAACAGAAUAACUGAUGCCCUGGGUCCCCAGACUAAGCUAUUUGUGAAGGCUCAGUAAAGCCAAGCCUUUGCACCUUCCAUGCUUGGGCUCCAGCACCCCAUGUCCUCCCUGAGGAGCAAAGGCCAGUCUUUGGGAGCACAAAGGUGUGUAGGUUGAAGAGUGAAGGCAGUCAGGCAGAUUUCACUGCUACCUUCUCUUCCCUCCGAAUGUGAGAACACUGGGCCCAAUCACUCCCCCUGGGUCCCUGCCCUGGAAACAGGCUAAUAAAUCCUUUUCCCUUCUUGA